GUCUCCAACUAGCAUUUGAGCGGUGUGCUACACGACAAUUUUUUAGUUCGGAUAAGGCGCGAAACUGCUGAGAGACUUUCAGGUUUAGUCGGAAAGUUGAUUUCGAUGAGCUGUGGACUGUCAAGGCGUUUUUAGUAUAACCGUAUUUUAUUAAUAACUCGUUAUUUUUAAUUUGUACUUUUAGGCUCUAUAUUUUAUAUUUAUAUCCUCAAGACAAGACAGAGAGAUAUUUUAGUACUCAGAGCGGAGCAGCACUUUGAGCGGAAGAAGCCUGAAGGCAUCUUAACUUCGAGCUUGAUCAUCAUCAUGGAUUCGAGCGGCAAGCAAGUGACAUGUCAGCUGAUGCUGGCGGUGGGCACGGCCGUCAUCGGCUCGCUGCAGUUCGGGUACAACACUGGGGUCAUCAACGCACCUCAAAAGAUUAUUGAGAUGUUCUACAAUGAGACCUGGUUUGACCGCUACCAGGAGCCCAUCACUGAAAAUCAGCUCACCACCUUGUGGGCCAUCUCAGUUGCCAUCUUCUCCAUCGGGGGCAUGCUUGGGUCCUUCUCCGUGGGCCUCUUUGUCAAUCGCUUUGGCAGGAGAAACUCCAUGCUCUUGGCCAACUCCCUGGCUUUCAUCUCUGCUGCCCUCAUGGGCUUCUCCAAGAUGGGAGCCUCCUGGGAGAUGCUCAUAAUUGGCCGUUUUGUGGUGGGGCUCUACUCGGGACUGUCCACUGGCUUCGUGCCCAUGUAUGUGGGGGAGGUCUCACCCACCGCACUCCGCGGGGCCCUGGGAACCCUCCACCAACUGGGCGUUGUCAUUGGCAUCCUUCUGGCUCAGGUGUUUGGCAUUGAGAGCAUCAUGGGCAAUGCCACCUGGUGGCCCUUGUUACUGGGCUUUACCUUCAUCCCAGCCCUGAUUCAAUGUGGCCUUUUGCCGCUGUGUCCUGAGAGCCCGCGCUUCCUGCUCAUCAACCGCAACGAGGAGAACAAGGCCAAAAGCGUGCUGAAGAAGCUGCGUGGCGCCACGGAUGUGAGCGCUGAUAUGCAGGAGAUGAAAGAGGAAAGUCGGCAGAUGAUGCGGGAGAAGAAGGUGACCAUCCCGGAGCUGUUCCGCUCGCCAUUGUACCGCCAGCCUAUUCUGAUCGCCAUCGUUCUGCAACUCUCCCAGCAGCUGUCAGGCAUCAAUGCUGUGUUCUACUACUCCACAGACAUCUUUACCAAGGCUGGGGUGGCACAGCCGGUCUACGCCACCAUCGGUGCCGGGGCAGUCAACACAGCCUUCACUGUGGUCUCGCUGUUUGUAGUUGAGCGUGCCGGGAGACGAUCCCUUCAUCUCCUGGGGCUGCUAGGAAUGGCUGGCUCUGCUGUCCUGAUGACCAUUGCGUUGGCACUGCUGGAAACAUUAACGUGGAUGUCAUACGUGAGCAUCGUGGCCAUCUUCUGCUUCGUGGCCUUCUUUGAGAUGGGCCCGGGGCCCAUCCCGUGGUUCAUUGUGGCCGAGCUGUUCAGUCAGGGUCCCAGACCUGCGGCGAUCGCCGUGGCUGGGUGCUCUAACUGGACGGCCAACUUCAUUGUGGGCAUGUGCUUCCCAUACGUUGCGAACCUGUGCGGCCCCUAUGUCUUCAUCAUCUUCACUGUGAUGCUGCUCGGCUUCUUCAUCUUCACCUACUUCAAGGUGCCAGAAACCAAGGGGCGGACGUUCGACGAGAUCUCAUCAGGCUUCCGCCAGACAGCGGCCUCGGGUGCCGAGAAGCACUCCCCAGAGGAGCUCAACAGCCUAGGUGCCGAUUCCCAGCUCUGAGUGGCUGAAGGAGCACAUUCUGGAUCAGAACUACUGAUGGACUGACAGCACUGGUCACAACUCAUUUCUGUUCAGUAGAAAAGGAAGAAUCAGCCUAUUUAGUUUGUUUCCCUCUUUGCUGUGGGGGGAAAAAGAAAAAAACUUGAUCGGGACCAGGGUGGGAGGUGACUUUAAGGAGUAUUCAGCCUUUUUUUUUUUUUUAAUCUCUAAUCUUUUGAAGGAGGAUUGAUUUCCAUGUCUUCCUUCCUUAGAGCUUUGAAGAGCAGCACCGUUACAAUUGGCGCCCACAUCUUUCGCAGCUUUGCUCAGUUGGUUCAGUUUUGCAGUAUAUUUUCAGCACUCCGCCUUUCCAGAUCCAUAAGGUUUUUGUUCUUCUCGACAGUUGAGGAAGCAGACCUAUUUAUAUUUACUAUUUAUUACGCAACUUACACUGCUCAAGACUUCAUUUGCUUUUUUCAAAUGAUGUGAUUUUUUUUUUUUUUUACAAAAUACUGUUUCACAUUCUUAGCUGUAUGAAUUAAUAUUUUAAACAUUUGCUUGUUUGUAUAACUUGUCCAUGAAAUGAACUAAAGCCUGCUAUGAUGGUGUGUUACCAUUUUACCGUUGAAUCUGUUACAUAUAGCAGGGUCUCUGGGGACCACUGUUUAGUUUUACUGUUUCAAAACAAUUUUUUAAACAUGUUUUGGCAAUUUUUAAGGAAUGUUUUCAUGGUGGGGUUUUUUUUUUUUUUUAAAAAAAAAAAAAACUGAAGUGAUCCUUCAGCCUCUGUUUCAGGGCAAAAUGAGGAUUGGGUUUGGCCUCUGCCCCUGCAGCUCACACCUUUACAACACCCAUACAACCUUGUAUUUGUUAUGAAACUGCUAAUGGCAGCACAAGCCACAUUGAAUGUAUGAGGACUUUCUACUACGUUAAGAAUGCAGAGCAGCGGUUCUGGACACAAUAUGCAACUGUCAAAGUCACCAGCAAAUGAAUGAAAUGCUGUACAUGAAUGUAAGCCCCUUUGCUCCCAAAGAGGGAGGGACCAAACGUAUGCACUGUCUAGCCUUUCCAGACUCUUCCCAGUGUCCUUCGUAGGUGGAGGAACACUGUGACCCCCAGUAACUGCACUGACCUCAGGACAGGACAACAUGCAGUGAGACAUGUAGGAGGGCGCGCAGUUGCGAGAUGGGUUUCAGGGCAGUGUUCGGUUUUCUUUCUUAUACCCGCUAACGGCUGUGUUACUGACUGUUCCAAGUCCCCCAAACCAUCAUAAUGAAAUGUCUCCAACCCAAUGGACACUUGAUGUUGUAUUCAGGUGUGGACAUAAGAGGACUAUCUCUUACCUCCCCCUCCCCCAGUCCAGUUUCCCUUAAGAGACUGAAAAUACUGUGAUUUGUACCACCUUUUAGCAAUGGGGAAACUCGAAAUUUAGUAGCACCAAAGAUGCAGAUAUGCCUGUGUUCAUUUCUGAAAGUAAACAAACGUCACCGUAUUAGCGGAGUCAAACCCAUCGUUUUAUCAUCCACAGAAAAUUGACUGAAACUAAUUUUAACUGUCUAUACAGCUUGCACCGUGUGUAUCGUGUUUAUCAAUCCAGACAUCACCCCCAAACACUUGUAAAUAGUAUAAACAGUGUGAAAUACAGGUAGAGUAAGACAAAGCAAAAACGGUUUUGUAGACGGAUGUGAAUAGAACAGCCUUUUUGUACAGCACUUUUUUUUUUUUUUCUUGUAGUUCCAGGUUUCCAUUUCUGCCUUUCUCUUUUGUAAAUGUGUGUUUAACUGCAAUUCCACUUUUACUGCUGUCGAUGAAGGAUAUUUGGAUAUUUAUUAGAUGUGUAAUUUAUUAGUUUAUUUUUCAAUUUGGGUGUAUAAAUAAAAGAAAGCAAACCUUUGUACAGAGAGCAAAGGCAAAGAAAGAUCUUGAGUGUUAAAAUGUGCCAAGUUUUUUUUUGUUCUUUUGUAAGAUGCAGUAUGGUAGUCGGGUGUUUCAAUAAAUACAAAACACACAUAAAA